AUCAACCAUGCGCAUGCGCCGCAAACGCACCCAAACUUGGGCGACAGCUGAGCUAGCUGGAUAGCGGUAACCGUCGUUCACAUCAUGGAUGAGUUUCAGACUGGAGAAGAGACUGCCUUUGUCGUUGACGAAGUGAGCACUAUCAUCAAAGAGUCAGUAGAAGGAGCCAUAGGAGGAAAUGCCUACCAACAUAGCAGAGUGAACCAAUGGACCACCAAUAUAGUGGAGCAGUCCCUGAGUCAACUAAGCAAGCUGGGCAAGCCUUUCAAGUACAUUGUGACCUGUGUUAUCAUGCAGAAGAACGGGGCAGGUCUACAGACAGCCAGCUCGUGCUUCUGGGAUAACACCACUGAUGGAAGCUGUACAGUGAGGUGGGAGAAUAAAUCCAUGUACUGCAUCGUCAGUGUCUUCGGCCUGGCCAUCUGAAACUACUGCCUGCACUCAAUUACACUACAUUAAUGAAAGUUCGUGUUUUUCCAUUCCGUCCAAACUGAUUGUUGGCAUAAAGUCCACCAUACCAAAGUAUUUCUACUGCUUCUAAAGACUGUGUUGUGCAUCUUGUUUAUGUUUUACAAGGACCAAUUUGUCAUGUGUUAUGAUUUGUUAGUGAUGUUUGAAUAAAUUAUUUCAUGUUUUCAA